GAAGGGACCGGCGGGAAAUACCGAGGCAUUGAGUGCGCAUGCGCGUUCUGCUCAGUUCUGCUCCAGCAGUCGCGCGGUGAAAGAUCUCUUCGCGCUGCUAACUCGACUGUGACGGGUCCACCAAUUUUUGGUGGUCCAGAUCACAUAUGCACUAGAAGAUGAAGACUCCCCCUUCUGCGUCUCUGCGAGUGAAACGGAAAAAUGUUCGUCAAAUCAGAAGACACCUCUGCCAAAACAGUGCCUUUGGUCCAGACGCUGAGGGAUUCUCCUGGAAGAUUGAUCCAAGCCGAGACAUUUGCUAUGUGACGAUGCUUCCAGCAGCUGUCAUCCAGCGCCAGGAAAUGUCGUCGUACUUCCGACUUCUGGAUGAUAAACUGAUACACGACUUCUUGAGGAUGGAUUCCUGCUUUAAAAUGACAGACAAGUACCUUUUAGCCAUGACCUUUGUGUACUUCAAACGAGCUCACUUCACUAUUGCUGAAUACAACAGAAGGAAUUUUUUCAUCGCACUUUAUCUCGCAAACACCAUGGAGGAGGAUGAAGAGCAGAGCAAGUAUGAAAUCUUUCCCUGGGCUCUGGGCAAAGGCUGGAGGAAACAGUUUCCCCGCUUCCUCCAGCAGCGAGACGUGCUGUGGGCUCGCAUCCAGUACCGAGCCGCUGUCAGCCGGCGCUGCUGUGAGGAGGUGAUGGCUGUUGUGUCUUCCCAUUCUGUGUGGCAGCGAACACGGUCUGAUCACCACAGUGGUGCCCAGCGGCAGUACAGCGAUCCAGGCUCGCCUUUUCCACGGGGGCCCUCCGCCUCCCCGCCCUCCUGUGGCCUCUGCAACGAUGGCGGCAGGUUGCAUCACAGGGCCGUCUCCCUGUCUGUCUCCAGAAGCUCGCCAAGGCAGACGCUGGAAAAAUCCCACUCAUUUACGACUGCUGCUAGUUUGGAGGUCACCCCCCCUCGAGUUGCUGCCCCCCAGAGGAAAACGGUGAAGUCAAAGAGCCAGGCACAGCCAUCGCAGCGCUUCUGCCCUGAGGAGAUGGCCAGGGAGCCCUUUUCCUAUGACUCGUCAUACGGCAUCAUGGACUGGAUGAGCGAGGUGUGAAACACCAGCGUCAGCAUCUCAUCUCUUCUGUGUAUGAAAUGAACGUCACACUCAUGGAAUGAAAUGUUACUUUAGAGAUCUGAGGCUCCACGUUUGUAUCAAUUAACCUGAAACAAUGGUGAUGGUUUCAUGAGCUCCUGCUUCACCUGAAGGCCACAUCUUCAAACGUGGCUCCAGCUUCAUUAUUUAUUUAACUUAUUUCUGCUUGUUGUCACGGAGUUUCUCAUGUUUAACAGACCUGCUGGAGGAGUUCAGUACUGCAUAACUGUUGAGUCGCAGGGCUUGAGUUCAGAAUAAAAGGUUCAACUCGG